CCCCUUUCCCUUCAACUUCCGGUUUAGGAAGUCUGAGUAAAAUCGUCACAUUCUUGAUAGAGCGGCGUGACCUCCAGUUGUCGAGCAGCGUACGGUGCUGUGGUGCAUAAUGUCACUCGUAAGAGGAGUGUUUAUUGUAGCCGCCAAGCGGAUUCCUUUUGGUACAUAUGGCGGUGUGUUGAAGGCUCAUAGUGCAACAGAUAUGGCUGCACACGCUGCCAAAGCUGCUCUGACUGCUGGAAAUGUGGCUCCAGAGAUUGUGGACAGCGUUAUUGUCGGCAAUGUCAUGCAGAGCUCUUCAGAUGUACCUUAUAUUGCCAGGCACGUAGGCUUACGUGUUGGCAUACCAAUUCCAGUGCCUGCUCUCACAGUUAAUCGUCUCUGUGGAUCUGGUUUUCAAUCCAUUAUCAACGGAGCACAGGAAAUAUGUCUGAAGGAAUCAGAAGUUGUGCUUUGUGGUGGAUCAGAGAGCAUGAGCCAGUCUCCAUAUUCUGUGCGAAAUAUUAGAUUUGGUACAAAAUUUGGAGAAGAUCUUAAGCUAGAAGACACAUUAUGGGCAGGUUUGACAGAUCAGCAUAUUAAGACCCCAAUGGGCAUGACUGCAGAAAACCUGGCUGUGAAGUACGAAUUGAGUAAAGAGCAGUGUGACCAGUAUGCUUUCAGAUCACAACAAAGAUGGAAAGCAGCUCAGGAUGCAGGCUAUUUUACAGCUGAAAUGGCACCUAUUGAAGUUCAGACAAAGAAAGGAAAACAACCCAUGACACAAGAUGAACACCCGAGACCUCAGACCACAAUGGAGCAAAUGGCUAAACUUCAGCCAGUAUUCAAGAAAGGUGGUACUGUAACUGCUGGAAAUGCUUCAGGUGUUUCUGAUGGGGCUGGUGCAGUUAUUGUGGCAAGUGAGGAAGCAGUCAGAAAGCAUGGGCUCAAACCUCUGGCUAGAAUUGUUGCUUACCAUGUCUCUGGCUGUGAUCCCAGUAUUAUGGGAAUUGGUCCUGUACCAGCUAUUACUGAAGCACUUAAGAAAGCUGGACUCUAUCUGAAGGAUAUGGAUUUGGUAGAGGUGAAUGAAGCUUUUGCUCCACAGUAUCUGGCAGUAGAAAAGGCCUUAGGACUAGACCCUGAAAAGACCAAUGUGAAUGGUGGUGCUAUUGCUCUGGGACAUCCACUGGGUGCUUCUGGCUCUAGAAUCACUGCACACCUUGUUCAUGAAUUGAGGCGACGAAAUGGCAAGUAUGCUGUUGGAUCUGCUUGCAUCGGCGGCGGGCAGGGUAUUGCUGUCAUCAUUGAGAACACACAGUGAACAACUACAUGAACAGAACCAGGGCACUGAGACUGCGGGUAAAUCUGGGGUUUUGUGUUUUUUUGAAAAACUAAGCCAUUUUUUGCUAUGUUAGGCAAAUCAAUACUUUUUAUUUUUUCAAAAUGCAUUUUGUAGUCCGUUCUACUCUGUCAUUGAUUGGACAACAUGGUAUAAGUAUCUUUCUCAAGAUCUUUUUGCUGUCUGAAUGUUUGAUGGCACAGCAACCUGAGGCAGACAUAUUCUGUUGAUAUUUGGCAGAUACUGAAGGCACUAGAUAGAAAAAAAAACUUUUGAAUUGUUGCAGUUUUAUAUAAUGAAGGAUCUAUUUUCACUACACUAACACAUGUGAAAUGUAAAUAAAGCAAUUCUUGAAAAUAAUGGCUCAACGAUUAACAUUAAGUUAUAAAUACUUGAGACCCA